AUGUCCAACCAAGCCGACAAGUCCAUGGCCGAUCUCAAGGAGAUCACUGGCCAACUUCUCGUGAUCGUCUGCGCUGCCCAACAAAUUCCCCCUGGUCCAAGUCACUUCACUCUGGCGACCCAGGCAAGUGAAUUAGUGGCAAAGGCAGUCCGGGAUCAUGGUGACUCAACAUGCCUUCCCAGGCUCGUCUUGUCUUGUUCAAGAGAGUUGAUCCAGACCCGCAACUGUUCUCCACAGGAGGCCCUGAACUGGCAGAUCAUCGGCCAUGACGACCCUCGACUCAUGCAGCACAGCUGGCGCAGCAAGGCCCUCGCCUGGCAAGCCUUGGGCGACCACUUGUUUGAUCUCGCACACGAGGUCAAUGGUGGUGACACCGACAAUGCUCCCAGUCCCUCGAUGAGUGUGGAUGGUGAUGCUUUGGAGAAGGGGAAAGGGAAGGUGAGGGAAGUGGAGCCGGAGAAGGAGAAGGAGAGGGAGAAGCCAAAGGAUGAGCAGGAGAAGCUGCACAGGAAGUGGCCUUUCUCCCGGAUGUCAAAGCCAGUCCCAAAGUCGGCAAUGAAGAUGCCGAAGAGGGGGAAGUCGGGGCAGGAACAAAAAUUGAGGGAAUCAGUGGAUUCAUUGGACAAGGAGGAGGAGGACAGGUCGUCGAAGCCCCGCUCAGACACACCAUCGGUGAUUGUCACUUGGCGGGUUUCCCCUGCCCAACCAUCAAGGCCCUCUGGGCCUCCCCAAUCCCCAGGCUCUCCGAAGAAGGCCCCCUUCAGCCCUGGAAUGACACCUCCGCUCAUGCGCCCUGACAUCCCUGAGUCGUCUCAAGCGACUUCUGAGAGCCUGAGGGAUGUGCCCCCAGUUGUGGACGCCGGGGCCAUUCUCAUUCCCAGACUGAACAACCCAUGCAGGUGUUGCAUGCAGUAUGAGCUGCUGUGCACCACCAGGUUCAAUAAGUGGAAGGGCACGGCCCUCAUGUCAUGUGUCCUGUGCACUACAAAGAAGGUGAAGUGCAUCUCAGCACGUCUCGGGACCCUUGCCGCCACCACUCAAGGACAGUCUACUGAGCGGACGAGGGCCUCCUCGACAGGCCCAUUGACCUCCCAGUUGACGGUGUGGACCCGAAGCCAAUCCUGGGGGCCGUCGGUAGCUCUGAGUGAGCCUCGGGGAAACCCACCCAAGCCAUGGUCCUGGGGCCAAAGCAAGCCCUCGGGCUCAGCGACGAUGCCCAUCCCCCCUGCAGCUGUCAUUGCAUCAUCAAGUUCGGCUGCCACCCAUGCAGUCCAGGACCUCCCAAUCCCAGACCUCCACUGGAUGUCAAUGGCAAUUCGCAAGAGUGCGAAUCGCAUUGCAGCUCUGGAAGCUUGUGCCUCUGAACAGGAGAGCACAAUUGAUAUGCUCCGAAGGCUGCAUGAGAGCCUUCGACAUUCUCCUCCCGCCACACCUUUGUCUCUACUCCUCGAUCAAGCCGCUCCUGGGUUGCAGUCCCAUGUGCACUUGGCACCCUUGCCGCUCAUCGACUUCAGCACCGACUCAACAGGCGAGGAAGCCUCCACCAUCGUUGCCCCGGUAAUGGAGCCAACAAUCCUGCCCUCUCAGACUGAAGCGGCAUUGGACCCUGCAACUGCCAUUGCAUCGAUGGUUCCCAUCAAAGCAGUUCACAGCCCGGCCGAUGAUGGUGUCUCCACCUUCGCAUCAGCCUUCGCACUUCCGGGCCCCCCGGCAAUGCACCCCAACCCUUUGGAGACUCCCAAGGAUGGCCCAAGCACCACUGAGAUUGUUGAGCAUGGGUCACCCCUCAACCUCCUUCCGGAAUAUGAUUCUGGUGAUGAGCAGGACGCCGUGAUGCAAAUAAUUGUAGAGUACUCAACAAUCAGUACUGCAUACCCACCAUUAUGCAAACCUCUGAGCCCCGCGCAUUACUUGAUACUCGGUGACCGGUCCGCAAUCCCCAACCCUCGGUACCCGGUACUCAGUUCUUGGUACUUGACCCUCGUACUCAGUUGUCAGCCCUCGGUCCUUGAUCCUCAGUACUCGAUACUCGGUGCCUGGGUCACCAUCCCCAACCCUCGGUACUCAGUCUCAGUACUUGACCCUUGGGACUUGAUCCUCACUCCACGGUUUGCCAUCCCCGAUCCUCAGUACUUAGUAUUUGGUACAUGGUACUCCAUUGGCCAUACUUGGUACUCAUGGUUUGCCAUCCUUUAUCCUCGGUACUUGGUCCUUCAGUACUUGAUCCUCGCUGCCCAGUUCGCCAUCCCUGAUCCUCAGUACUCAGGACUCGGUACUCGGUACUCUGUUUGCCAUACUCGAUACUCAUUUAUAUGA